AUGACCAACCUCGCGGCCUCCACCACGUACGCUAUCGAGGAAAUUGAGGAAUGUGCUUGUUAUUCAGACGAUGACAGCAGCGUUUCCGAUUACAGCUCGUCGGCGGCAGAACAUCUGUCGGCCAGCAUGACAUCUAUGGAAACUGAUGGUGCUGUCGUGCUGGAUGAACCGCGCCCCUCGUCCUCUCGCGUACCCCCACUGCCCACGUCUGUUAAGAUCAACGUUGAAGGCGCAUUCAUUGUCGACGAGGAAGGCAAGAGCAAUGGCAGUCACACUACGAACGGUCAUCGAACGAGUGACCACGUUCACUGGGACGAGAAGGACAUCGUACUGCCUCACCACACAGAUGUCGUGAGCCAUAUUGCAGUCGAUAUAGGAGGCUCGUUGGCAAAGCUGGUCUACUUCUCACGCGAGACAGGCUCCAAAGAUGGCGGCGGGCGCCUCAAUUUCCUCACCUUCGAGACCGACCGGAUUGAUCUGUGCAUCGAAUUCAUUCAAGAGCUCAAACAGAGACAGACGCGGCUCAAUGGCUCAACGCCCGGCCAGCUGUGUGUCAUGGCUACAGGAGGCGGCGCAUACAAGUUCUACGAUCGGAUGAAGAACGUUCUUCAAGUAGAUAUCGUGCAGGCAGAUGAGAUGGGAUCGCUUAUAACUGGUCUCGACUUUUUCAUCACGGAGAUCCCUCGAGAAGUCUUCACAUACUCCGAAGAAGAGCCUAUGGCGUUCGCCGAGGCGCGGCCCGAUAUCUACCCAUAUCUACUCGUUAACAUCGGCUCCGGCGUGUCGAUGGUCAAGGUCUCUGGACCAGAUGAUUUUGUGCGCGUUGGCGGCACGCAUCUUGGAGGCGGCACCUUCUGGGGUAUUCUGUCGUUGCUCACGGGAGCUCGCACUUUUGACGAUAUGCUGCGGAUGGCACAAACCGGCGACAACAGUGGUGUUGAUCUAAUGGUUGGCGAUAUUUACGGCACAGACUACAACAAGAUAGGUCUCAAAAGUACAGCCAUUGCCAGCACAUUCGGCAAGGUAUUCCGGAUGAAGCGAUUGGCGGAGCGUAGUGCGGAGGACGGCGAGGGUUUGUAUAACGGAGACCCAUUAUCGACCGACAUUCUGGAAGACGACGAGAACAUCAAAGGUGGAUUCCGGAUUCAGGAUAUGGCUCGGAGCUUGCUGUAUGCCAUAUCGAACAACAUCGGCCAGAUUGCAUACCUGCAGUCGGAAAAGCACGGCCUCAAACACAUCUACUUUGGUGGUUCCUUUAUCAGAGGGCACGCUCAAACAAUGAAUACCCUGUCGUACGCCAUCAGGUUCUGGUCCAAAGGCGAGAAGCAGGCAUACUUCCUACGUCACGAGGGCUAUCUCGGCGCUGUUGGUGCUUUUCUGAAGCGGCAGCCAAAGAACUGGGGUCGGCGAAACAGCAUCGAAGACGGCCGCUUAUCGAAGGUGCUGUCGAAAGAGCAGGUGCCUGGAUGA